AUGGCUGUAAAUGAUUGCCAGGAUGAUCCAACGUUAAAGUGCUGGUAUUACGAUGAUUCUCAGUGUAAGGGAGUUUACGAACCUUUCGCCAGGUUACAUUGUCCUCUGAGAUGUGGAUACUGCCCAGGAAAAACCCCUCCAUGUGUGGACAAUAUUCCUGACUGUGCUGAUUAUGGGAAAGCGAUUUGUGGGAAUGGGAACUUCCAGGGAUUCCUUCGGGAAAACUGUCGUAAAUUCUGUGGCUACUGCACUGUUUCUAGUACUACCCAAACAACAAAAACUACAACAACAACCACCAGGAUAACCUCGACCACAACAAAAACUGGUACAACACCGGCACCAGCUACAACCAAAGCUGUUGUCUCCGGGACGUCCACAACACAGAUGAUGUUGUCCACAGGCACAGAUUGUCGAGACGUACGCAGUGAUUGUCAGCAACAUCAUCACGCCUGUGUCGGGGUGUUCCAAAGAUGGGCCUUGAAAAAGUGUGCGGACACUUGCGGAUAUUGUUCAAACUCUCCACUGUGUGAGGAUACCGUAGACUGUACUCAUCUCCCCGCAAGUCUCUGCAUGGAAACAAGUCUGCGAGACUUCGCCAUGACGUCGUGCAGAAAGUACUGUGGAUUUUGUACAAAUAAAAUAACACAGGCAGCAAACAUGACAACACAAGGAGUUCCUAUGACAACCCCUCCUACGUCAAUGACAUCAACAGGUCCCAUGAAAAUUCCAACGAAAAUUGUCAAAACUACAUUUCCAGUUACAGAUGGAUGUCCAACAUGCAGCAAUGAGAAAAACCUUACAGUUUGCUUAGAAAAUGUCACAAAAUGUGGAUCAAUGGAUGAGGGUUGUAGCCUAAAUCUGCAAUCAGGAACAAUAACUGCUGGCUGCACAGCUAACAUGUGGGCAAGUGGAAAAAAUGGAUAUAUUUUAAAAAUUAUAUUUUAAAAUGAAGUUAAAAAACUCUGUAUAUUGAGAGCAUGACGAUGUCCAAUUAAUCAGUAU